AAGAAGUGUGCUGACAUCUUAUGUUACCCAUUAACCGACAUUUUCAAUGAAUCCUUUUCCCAAAGUAUUAUUCCGGACUCAUGGAAAAAUAUCAAGGUUGUUCCAGUACCUAAAUCAACAAGUGGACCUACUGUUAAGUUUCGACCGAUUGCUAUUACCUCACCUUUUUUAAAAGUUAUGGAAAGACUUAUUUUACUUAAUCUUGAACCCUCUUUAAAGCCUUUUAAUGACCCCAACCAGUUUGCCUAUAAACAUAGUAGGAGUACCUUAGAUGCCGCUGUUGUUCUACAUCAUAAUAUAGUCUCUAGUUUAGAUAGAGGAGCCAAAUAUGUUCGGUGUGCCUCCCUUGAUUACACAUCUGUAUUUGACUCUGUUCCUAGGUCUCUUGCUAAGUAGAAAACGGGCUUGAGUAUAAACUGCAACUCAGAGAUGUAAUUGGGUAAUUAAAAUAAAAUAAAAUAGAGUAAAUGAGAGAAAUUCUGAUGGAAAGAAAAUCGGG